UGAGUUUUAGGGUUCCGGAAAUGUGACUCUGAGAAAUGAGAUGGAGAAGUACGAGCGGAUCCGAGUGGUGGGCAGAGGUGCCUUCGGGAUUGUUCACCUGUGCCUUCGCAAGGCUGACCAGAAGCUGGUAAUCAUCAAGCAGAUCCCAGUGGAGCAGAUGACCAAGGAAGAGAGGCAGGCAGCCCAGAAUGAGUGCCAGGUCCUCAAGCUGCUCAACCAUCCCAAUGUCAUUGAGUACUACGAGAACUUCCUGGAGGACAAGGCUCUCAUGAUCGCCAUGGAAUAUGCACCAGGUGGCACCCUGGCUGAGUUCAUCCAGAAGCGCUGUAAUUCCCUGCUGGAGGAGGAGACCAUCCUGCACUUCUUUGUGCAGAUCCUGCUGGCGCUGCAUCACGUGCACACCCACCUCAUCCUGCACCGGGACCUCAAGACCCAAAACAUCCUUCUAGACAAACACCGCAUGGUCGUCAAGAUUGGUGACUUCGGCAUCUCCAAGAUCCUUAGCAGCAAGAGCAAGGCCUACACGGUGGUGGGUACUCCAUGCUACAUUUCCCCUGAACUGUGUGAGGGCAAGCCCUACAACCAGAAGAGUGACAUCUGGGCCCUGGGCUGUGUCCUAUAUGAGCUGGCCAGCCUCAAGAGGGCCUUUGAGGCUGCGAACCUGCCAGCGCUGGUGCUGAAGAUCAUGAGCGGCACCUUUGCGCCCAUCUCUGACCGGUACAGCCCUGAGCUGCGCCAGCUGGUUCUGAGUCUCCUCAGCCUGGAGCCUGCACAGCGGCCACCGCUCAGCCACAUCAUGGCGCAGCCCCUCUGCAUCCGGGCGCUCCUCAACCUCCACACCGACCUGGGCAGCGUCCGCAUGCGGAGGGCAGAGAAGCCCCUGGCCACCGGGCCACCCAUGGCCCCCGGCAGCACAGGGGGCAGGACCACCAGUGGCCGUUGCAGAGGUGUUCCCCGGGGACCUGCCCGGCCGGCCAUUCCGCCGCCCCUGUCAUCGGUGUACGUGUGGGGUGGCGGGCUCAGUGUGCCGCUGCGGCUGCCAAUGCUCAACACAGUGGUGGUCCAGGUGGCAGCGGGGCGCACGCAGAAGGCUGGCGUCACGCGCUCCGGGCGCCUCAUACUUUGGGAGGCCCCGCCGCUAGGCGCUGGAGGGGGCCCCCUCCUCCCUGGGGCGGUGGAGCAGCAGCAGCCCCAGUUCAUCUCCCGUUUCCUGGAGGGCCAGUCGGGUGUGACUAUCAAGCAUGUGGCCUGUGGGGACCUCUUCACGGCCUGCCUGACUGACCGAGGCAUCAUCAUGACCUUUGGCAGUGGCAGCAAUGGGUGCCUAGGCCAUGGCAGCCUCAAUGACAUCAGCCAGCCCACCAUUGUGGAGGCCCUGCUGGGCUAUGAGAUGGUGCAGGUGGCCUGUGGGGCGUCUCAUGUGCUGGCCUUGUCCACUGAGCGAGAACUAUUUGCCUGGGGCCGUGGAGAUGGUGGCCGGCUGGGACUAGGCACCAGGGAGUCCCACAGCUGCCCCCAGCAGGUACCCGUGCCCCCAGGACAGGAAGCCCAGCGGGUUGUAUGUGGCAUUGACUCCUCCAUGAUCCUCACUGUGCCUGGCCAAGCCCUGGCCUGUGGGAGCAACAGGUUCAACAAGCUGGGCCUGGACCAUCUCUCCCUAGGGGAGGAGCCUGCCCCACACCAGCAAGUGGAGGAGGCCCUGAGCUUCACACCACUAGGUUCUGCACCCCUGGACCGGGAGCCCCUGCUGAGCGUGGACCUGGGCACUGCUCAUUCAGCUGCUGUAACUGCCUCUGGUGACUGCUAUACAUUCGGCAGCAAUCAGCAUGGGCAGUUGGGUACCAUCGCUCGCCGGGUCAGCCGGGUACCUUGUCAAGUCCAAGGCCUCCAGGGAAUCAAGAUAGCAAUGGUGGCCUGUGGGGAUGCCUUCACUGUGGCCAUUGGGGCAGAAAGUGAAGUGUACUCUUGGGGCAAAGGGGCCCGAGGUCGACUGGGAAGGAGGGAUGAGGAUGCUGGACUCCCUAGGCCAGUGCAGCUGGAUGAGACACACCCCUACACAGUGACUUCUGUGUCCUGUUGCCAUGGAAACACUCUCCUGGCUAUCCGCCCCGCCACAGAUGAGCCAGUCCCCCCUUGA